CAUAGAAGCACCGAAAUCUGAAAGAUUAGCAGGGAAUGGAAUUUAGGGUGGAGGCCAUGUCGGUGAGAACCAAACGAGCAACAACCCAAUUCGGUUUAAGUUGUAGUCCAAAGCCCUCACACAGCCGCUUUCUAAAUUCUGUGACUUGGCUCUUUGUAGAUGAUCGUCUCUGGAAACCCAAAACGAGAACAAGAUGCGAUAUCUACUGAUGCCCAGCUCACUCCUCUCCUGUGUGUUUUGUAUAGUAUUUUCUGUGACGUCUCUUGAGGGUUUGCUACGUUGGUGCUGGAUGUGUUAAUAGUCUGGCGUUUUCCUGGUUAUCGUUGGAGGUUUUGCUUUAAGGAAGCUCGUGUAGUGGGCUUAGGAUUUGCAAAAUUCCUUCUUUGUAGCUAGAUAUGUCUACUCCCACUUCCCAAUCUCGUGUGCAAGAUUAAGGAGAAGGCCAUCUAUUGCAUUGUCGUUGAUUACGACCCUCAUGUUGACUGGGAUCUUCAAGUUGAGUGUGUUCAACCCUCGACUGAGAUUCUGAGUAGUAAAUCGCGGUGUAGGUUAAUGAAGGGAGAGGCCAUAGCUUCACAAUGCAGUUCAGGCUCCGAUAUCAACGUUUAUACAUACUUGGAGUGCGGAAUGGAGCACAGAAAGCUUUAAAUUGGUCCGAGCUCGGCAUUCGACUUGGAUUGGAUGGCUGUAGAGUGAGUGAUCGUUCGAGGCUUAUGGAAGAACUAAGACUGUAAUCAACGUUCCUACACGACAUUUCGUUGAGAACAAUCGAUUUUUGUGAUCUUGCAAAUUACCCAUCUGGUUGGACACAAAUGUUUUGCACGGUUUUAUGGUGCUAAUUCGAACACUUCUUACACAGGAGAGCGCGUGACCAGUUUCCAGCUACUUGGAAUGAGCGUUUGAGUAGCGACUUCGCUACUUUCAUCAAUCAUGGCUCAACGUUUGUGGAAUGUGAUUCAAGCUGUUACCAGAUUUUCCAAGACAGUGGAAAAUACGCCUCAGAGGUACUUGAGUGUUGCGAAAGAGUGUAUGCAUCAAAUACAGAGCUGCAUGGAUUCUCCAAGUGUUACCACACCAUUUCAAUUUAACCAUGGUCAGUGUGAGUAUUUGAUUCAAAAACUCAAAUCAGCUGUCGAGAUUGCCGAGGAGUGCAUUCUAAGCCACUCAGGUGAACACAGAGGGAACUGCCUCAAAAUUUUCAAGCUUCUGAGCUGGUUGGCCAAAGAGAUAGAGAGCUUUGUAGAGGAUUGCAGGAAAAAGAAUUGGAUUGAAGCUGCUAUGCUGUUUACGAACAUGUCUGAGCAUGUAUCCUCAUUAGGUUUCGAUUUGGAGUUAAGCACAAAACUUUUGAGCAGCAGAAAGCUGUUCAGGCACAUAUUGGACGAGCUUGAAGAAAUGAGACCAGCUGUGGUCAGUUUGGUUAAAGAGAGGGCUCUAGGAGAUCAAAGAACUUUGUUGAAGAGACUGGAAACUCAUAUGAGUCACUCAAGCAAUUCAAACAAUCUGGAUCAGCAGCUGGCCUCCUGUCUACAUGGAAGAUUGACUCAGAUUUUGUCAGGAACUGUUCAGUUCAGCAUUUGGGAAGUAGACCAUGCUAAAUCAGUGGAGCGUUUGGGGAGUACACAAUUAGGACGAGGUGCAUUUGGUGAAGUGCGCAAAACCAGAUGGUUCAGGUUCGAAGUUGCUGAGAAGAUAUUUUACGGAUCAAAUCACCCGAGUUUCAAGAAUGAAGUUGAAAUAUUAGCAGGGUUGGCUCACCCUAAUAUUGUGCCCUUGUUGGGCUAUGCCAUAGACAACAACAGGUACUCCAUUAUCAUGGAGCUGAUGGACGGCGACCUUUUUCAUCUCAUGCAAGAUAGGAUGCACCACAAGAAAAGUCACGAUGGUCCUUUCACCAUUUUUGAAGCAGUUGACAUCAUGCUUCAAAUUGGGGAAGGCAUGGUCUACCUUCACAAUAACAAAAUUGUUCACAGGGAUGUGAAAUCACAAAAUAUUUUAUUCAAGAAGAAAAAGUACAUCGAUGGCAGUGAGCACAUUUGUGCGAAAUUGGCAGACUUUGGGCUUUCAAAAACGAAAGAAAACAGCAGUACUUUUUCCAAUCAGACCCCAAACACUGGUACAACUAGAUGGAUGGCUCCUGAAUUGAUGUCUCGCGGGCAAGUCGGUUCUAAAGUGAAGAGUUUCCCAUUUCAACUUGAUGUCUACAGCUUUGGGAUGUUGUGUUACGAGAUACUGACUGGAGCUGUUCCCUUCUCAAACACAUGCUCUCACAUCGAAGUGAAGAGGAAGGUACUGGAUGGAGUCCGGCCCUCACUACCUGAACAAUGUCCUGAUGAGCUUAAAGUGUUGAUCCAGGGAUGUUGGCAUGCUGAAGCGAGCUUACGCCCUUUGUUUUCUGACAUCUGCAAGAGCUUGAGGCGUCUGAGAUGCUCACUCAUGACAUGCUCACUUAUGGUAGGUGUGGAAAGUGUCUAUCACGAUGGGGACAUCCACUGUUUAGCUCCUCCAUCUUUAGAGGUGCCCAAGAAGAAGCAGGGGCCAGUCACUAGACGCCUCCGAGCAGCGCCCCUUACUCGACCUCGGAAGAGAGCGUCGAGUCCCUCUGACAACAUGGACGAAGGCAGUCGACACGAAAGCGGAUUCACGUCGACAGAAAACAGUAGCAGCAUCAUGAUGGGUGACUAUUUCCUAUCUAGCAACAGUAGCAGCGGCACUGUUGGGGAGGCUGAAAAGGCUGAAGCAUUAAAGCUGGCUUCAAUGCUUGGUAAGAAAAAAAUUUGCCUCCGGUAACCCAUCUUGAUGAGGAGCAGAAAAUGGGAAUGUGAGUAGAACUGUGCUGCAGUUGUUGAUCUUGUUGCUCAACAUAAACCGUGACUGGGGCGCAACUUUCUUGACUGAUCUCAGGGCGUCUAUUUUCUGCCUUAAAUUAUACAGAAUAAUGUCUUCUGUCAUAAUGCCUGGGCCUCAAGCAACAACCACUCUUUUGAUGAAAACGCCACCAUCUACAUUAUCUCAAAUAUACGAAGCCAGUCCGAUUAUUGUCAGGACUUUUGAGGUUGGGAUUUGAGCCACCAAGUAGUCAUGUGCGUUCGUAAAUAUCUGCAAAUUUUGUCCUGCUACCGGUUACUACACAAAACUCAACUUGCACUGUAAAUAGAAUCGUGCAACAAUACGUGUUGUAAGUUCAUGAGUCAAAAAUUGAUAGAUGUAGAAGAUUUUCCGACAUGAUUGUUUUAAUAUGGAAUAAUUCACAGAUAUAUUCCGUGGAACAGAGGAGUGGCCAUUUGAUGUAGAUUGGUGCAAUUCUUUCGAAUUCUGCCGUCAGUUGCAGAUUGGUUGCGUCAUUUGGAAUCAGGGAUCUAGUUACAAGGCCUCCAAUCAAAGAGAAUCCUAGAACUAAAUUAAUGAAGUUUCCUAUUUUUUCCA